CCGCGCUCUCGCCCUUCGCGGCCACCCGGCGAAUCGGGCACCCCUACCAGAACCGCACGCCGCCCAAGCGCAAGAAGCCGCGCACGUCCUUCAGCCGGGUGCAGAUCUGUGAGCUGGAGAAGCGCUUCCACCGCCAGAAGUACCUGGCGUCGGCCGAGCGUGCCACCCUGGCCAAGGCCCUCAAGAUGACGGAUGCCCAGGUCAAGACCUGGUUCCAGAACCGCCGCACCAAGUGGAGGAGGCAGACGGCGGAGGAGCGCGAGGCCGAGCGGCAGCAGGGCAACACGCUGGUGGUGACCCCCCCCGAACGUCCGGCCCGGACGUCCCACGGCCCGUGGGACCCCUGGAACCUCUGGAUCCCCGUGGACUCCCGGAGCCCCGGACCUUCUAACCCCCCACCCCGGACUCCUGGGACCCCCACCUAG